UGAUAUAUGGGUUGCAUUAUGCUGAACACGACCUUAGUAGGAUAUAGUGUGAUGGAAUUGGACAAAAAAGCAGAGAGUCAAUCUCCUUGACCAAACUGUUUCCUUUUUUAAAAGUUCAACAGGUCUUCGUGACCUGUAUUGUGUUUUGGAAUGCGACAGGGUCCACAAAGCGAGGACAGUGGUGCGGACCGGUGACUUGGUUUUCGACUGGGACGAAAGUUUCGAGCUAGACCUAGUCAACAAUAGGGAAUUAGAUCUGCUGAUAUACUCUUGGGAUCCUCAGUACAGACAUAAGCUGUGCUAUAAGGGAUCUGUCUACCUGCCUACACUGCUCAAGUCUGGUCCUAUACACCAACUGGCACUGAAGAUUGAACCAAGAGGAACAUUAUAUCUGCGGCUGAGGCACUCCGACUCAUUCAACCUGUACAGACGAAAACCGGCAACACUGUCGCUGACGAGAGCCAAUCCUCUGUUCGGCGUUGACCUUGAAACGGUGGUGAGCCGAGAAAAUAAGACUGGAGGCGUACCCGGCGGGGUGCCCACCGGCUUGGUGGGCGGUGCUCAACAGAAUAUUCCUAUUAUUAUUAAGCGAUGCGUCGAGGAGGUGGAGAGGAGGGGACUUGAUAUUAUUGGUCUCUAUCGGUUAUGCGGUAGCGCAACCAAGAAACGGAUCCUUCGUGAAGCCUUCGAACGCAACAGUCGUUCUGUGGACCUGAGCCCCGACAACGUGCCUGACAUCAACGUCAUCACUGGAGUCCUAAAAGACUACUUGCGGGAGUUACCUGAGCCGCUGUUCACCAAGUGUCUCUAUCAGAUGAUGGUAGAUGCUCUGGCAGUCUGCUUGCCCGAUGAUCCAGAAGGAAACGCGAAGCUCAUGUUCUCUAUUUUGGACUGCUUGCCACGGAUUAACAGGGCGACGCUGAUGUUCCUCAUGGACCACUUAGCGUUGGUAGUGUCAGCCUCCGAUCGCAACAAAAUGUCAGCGCAAAACCUGGCAACAGCGCUUGCGCCACCGCUGAUGCUGCAUUCGGUUGACGCCCCAACCACGCCCACUGCGGGCGGGAAGGUUGACCUUGACUACCAGCAACCCAUCAGUGUCCUUAGGUAUCUGCUGCAGAUAUGGCCAACGCCGAAGCAUCACUCAGGUCGUCGCGGCAGGCCACCCGGGCCGCGUGGAGACAGUCGCAGUGCGUCUCAUCCCGCAGCCUCGAUCACGGCAGCGGCAGCUCAUCAACAGGCGGCACAGGUGGCGCCACUCUCGGUGCAACAGCGAGCAGAGCCGUCUCUGCGCUCUCAGGCUCCGACCAAUCAUCAGCAAGCAAAGGUCUCUACCGUCCGCUCUCGCCUCGAGUCGGUCCGCCCACUCAGCAGGGCUCAGCAGCGUCGUCGGUGGGGGGCUCGGUGGAAGCAGCACAGGGGGGCCCGGGUUCACCGGUCGCACCGCUGCGCCCCAGACAGGUGAUAGUCUCUUCCCCCGGUUCGCCAAGUAGCAGUAGCGAUUCACAGUCGGGCUCAGAGUCCGUUAAGCACUGCCUGCCCAGCCGCGUCAGCUCCCCAAUGUCCACCAUUCGCGGCUCGCCCUCCUCGCAGGCCCUGCGCUCCGCCCCAGCUUCCGCCACUGCCUCGGCGGUCGCCUCUCCAGGCGUUCGAAGGUCACCCGUGCGUCAUUCGCCCGUCCGGGUUUCCAUGGCCUCGUCACCGGCAUCGUCUGGGCCUAGGAGCUCGCCGUCCGUCACCAGUCUUACCAGCAAUCCCCCGGCAGCCGUUCCAGCUCGCCCGCAAUGCAGUCCACUUCAGCAGGCAUGA